AUCUUAUUACAAAUCUCUGUUCCGAUCUUGCCAUUGUCUGUAAGAUCAUCUUGGCUGCUCAGUCUCUGACUGAUAGAAAGUAGAAAAUGCACCUGGAGCAAUGGAGAGAUGCUGGAGUGCAAGCUAAGAGACAAAACCCCUACAAAGACAGUGCAAUUGUUUUGCAAAUGAUGUCACUGUUUGCAUUUUGAGGGCAAGCAUUACACGUGGAUUUCUACCUGGUGCAGAGGUGCAAAAAGUGCUCUUGCUUAAGCAAGAUUAUAAUCAAAGAAUGUUCAGCAGAAAUGGGUAUGUGGGUGUCUGUACUGAAACUGCAAAGCCUGAAUGUCUGCCAACACAAUGCAGCUACUUUAGAGCUUUAUUUUUUAUUUUUCCAAGUUGAAUAUCAAGGUUACCAGAGUCUGGUGUGCCCUUGUCAGGAGCGGGUUAAAGCAGAAACAUCCCUCCAGCAAGCAGCCUUGUGAAGCCUCCUUCUAGAGCAGCCAGAGGCACAGAGAGCUUCUGUUCUCUGGCAUGACGUCAGCUGCGGGUGGCUGGAAGGUGACAUGCUGGGAGCCAGGCUCCACAGGCACUGGCCUUGGGAGCACCCUCCUGAGCCCUGGAGAUUGCUGCUGGACAUGGCACCAAACACACAGUGCCUGUUCAGAGCCCAUGUGCUCUUCCAUGGCCAUGCCUGGACUGCUGGACAAAAUGUUGAUGGAAAGAGGAGUGCUGGGUACCGAGAAGGGUUUCUGUGGAAGAGAGGACGGGACAACGGGCAGUUCCUGAGCCGAAAGUUUGUGCUGUCAGAGAGGGAAGGUGCACUGAAAUACUUCAACAAGAAUGACGCAAAAGAACCCAAAGCGAUUAUGAAGAUUGAACAUUUAAAUGCAACUUUCCAGCCUGCAAAAAUCGGGAACCCACACGGACUACAGAUCACGUACUUGAAGGACAAUAGCACAAGGAACAUCUUUGUCUAUCAUGAAGAUGGCAAGGAAAUAGUGGAUUGGUUCAAUGCCAUUCGUGCUGCACGUUUUCAUUACUUACAAGUGGCAUUCCCUGGAGCCAGCAAUGCUGAUCUGGUGCCAAAGCUGUCUAGAAACUACCUGAAGGAGGGGUACAUGGAGAAAACAGGGCCCAAGCAAACAGAAGGAUUCAAGAAGCGGUGGUUCACCAUGGAUGACCGAAGGCUCAUGUAUUUCAAGGAUCCCCUGGAUGCCUUUGCAAGAGGGGAAGUGUUCAUUGGGAGCAAGGAAAACAGCUACAAAGUCCUGGAAGGGCUCCCGCCAUCCACGCAGGGAAAUCAUUGGCAGCACGGCAUCACCAUCGUCACCCCGGACAGGAAAUUCCUCUUUGCCUGCGAGACGGAGGAUGACCAGUUGGAGUGGAUUACCACCUUCCAGAAAGUUAUCAGCAGGCCGAUGCUGCCUCAGGAAUACGCAGUGGAAGCCCAUUUCAAGCAUAAACCUUAGAUGGGACUGGCUGGGCAGACCUGAGGAAUGAGCUUCUGUUUACAACACAACAUGGUUUUAUUUGAAAUGUUAAAAAAUAAUUAUUAUUAAUAAUAACAGUAAUAAUAAUAAUAAUACUUCCCUUUCCCCGCAUCAUUCACUUGAUCAUGUCGGAGGCCAAGAAGGGCAGCAGCGAAACGUGGGAGAAGACACCGAUCCAACCCAGAACUCAUUUCUGCUCCUCCUGCACCUCGUGCCCACGUGUCUCCUGCAGGUAGGGCACUGUGCUGCUGGAAGGGUCCCCUGCCCUGUGGUGAAGAGUCUCGGGGACAAAUCUUUUGGGGACGGGACACUCUUUGGACAAUGUGCUCUGUGGUACAAAACCCACACGGGUUCCUUGUGGAAAGUGAUGGCUGUUCUGGGGGAUGUGAGGCUGCGGCCAUCCCAGCGCCCUGCCCAUGAUGCUGCAGCUGCUGGUGCUAAGCUGCUUUUCCUCCUCCAUGGCUCAUUGCUGCCUCAGCUCACAGGGGAUACAGACUGGCCCGAGGCCUCCUGUGUUCUGGUGACAAAGAUCCCCCACCUCACCCCACUGGGCUCAGCCUGUGGCCCUGCUGCUCUGGGGACACUGCCUGCCUGCUGCCUGCCAGCUGUUGUAAGAGUGAGCGAGCCCCUGAGAUGCUGACAUUUAAAACAAGAGGACAGAAAUCAUUGUCUUUAGAUAUAGGAACCUGCAGCAGAACUGGUGGGGGUUUGGAGAUGACCAAAAUGUGUCCUUGCUUCUGUCCUCUGCACUCCCUAAAACUCAAAGGAGAAGAAGCACUGAGAGCAGCUUAAAACAGCUCCUGGUAGGAAGCCCAUCACCGUGUUACUCCCCAUGGACAAUGGUUCCUGUGCAGUGCCCUGGCCAUUCCCAGCCCUCCAUCCCCUGGGUGCCCACACCAUGCCUGCUUCUGCCUUCCCAAAAGGGAGCAGGGAGUGACACUCAUCCUGGCUGAGGCCUCUGUCCUCGGGACCACUGCUCUCAUGGUGUCAUGCAGGUGGAUGGAGCUGGCUGCGAGGGCUGUGCUGGUGCCUGCAGGGCAGUGUGAGCAGGAUGCAGCUGUUGGGCACUUCUGGUCUCCUGCUGUGUGCGUGUUGCUGAAUGACCGAUCCUCCCGGUGUCAUAGAGGUAAUUAUAAAUAGAUGACGUCAGUGUGGGUGAGCAUCACACCUCCCUGGUGGUGGCAAUGCUGUCUCUAGGCUGAUUCCGAGCAGGGUGUAGAAAUUCAGAUAUCUGUGUCGUUGGCCUCGUUAGCUGCUUACCAAAGUGCACAGCCUGGCAGUGCUCGCUGCUGGGUACCACGGGUGGCUGUGGGGCCAGGGCUGAGCAGCAGGCUGGGCUGUGCCCACCUGUGUCCCUGCUGCCCUUGGCACAGUCCUCUGCAAUCCAGUUGGUGCACUUUGUUUUCCAAUAAUUCUCUUAAUUUUAUUUUUUUUUUGAUGUUUUCUUUUCUUUUUCCUGCAAAGAAUACAAAAGCUGCUUGAAGUGACAUUUCAGCGCUGUGUUGAGCACUGUAACUGCUGGGGCAGGGGCUGGGGCUCAGGCCCUGCUGUCGGUGUUUGUAACCGAACCCCUCUUGUGGGCUGUGUCUGUCUGUAAUGUCACUGGUAAGAACUGUGGUACUACAUGUCAUUCGCACCAAUAAACGCUGAUGUUGGA